AUGUCUUCCACAACUUCCACGGUAUUACCUACCAUUCAAUUGGAUAUCAAUUACCAAGAUAUCAAGGAUGGUUUAGAAGAUUUCAUCAAGCAUUUCAAGUCAUCAGAAGAAACUGAUAUGGAAAUCACUGAAGAAGAAAAUCGUUUCUUAGGAUUGAAAUAUAUGUCAAUUUUACAAAAAAUUUCCAACAGGGAUGUUUCAACAAUUUACAUUGACUUGAAUGACUUGAAGAACUAUGAAACUAAUCAACAAAUGAUUGGUACAAGUCAAACCCAAUUCAGAGGUAAAUUAGUCGAUCAAGUUUUAAAUAAUACUCAUAGAUAUAUUGAAAUGUUCAGUGAUAUAAUAGAUAAGAUUAUGCCACCUCCAACCAAGGAUAUUUCUUACAAGGAUGAUGUCUUGGAUGUUAUCUUACAUCAAAGGAAUUUAAAAAAUCAAAGAACUUUACAAGAAAAUACUGAACAAAUCAAUGCCUUAAGAGAUGGAUUCUCUCAAGGGUCUAAUAAUUUUAACGCAAAUGGUGAUAAUGAAGGUUUACAACAAGAAUUAAAUGAAGAUUUAUUCCCAGCCAAAUUGACUAGACGUUAUCACUUAUACUUCAAACCUUUAAUCAACAAUAAACCUUUAUCGGUUAGAGAAAUUAAAGGUGGUCAUGUUGGUAAAUUCAUCACGGUCAGAGGUAUUGUAACUAGAGUUUCUGAUGUUAAACCAUCAGUAUUGGUUAAUGCCUAUACUUGUGAUAAAUGUGGUUACGAAAUCUUCCAAGAAGUUAAUUCUAAGAUUUUUACUCCGUUAUCUGAAUGUACCUCAUCAGUUUGUAAGACUGAUAAUUUGAAAGGUCAAUUAUUCAUGAGUACCAGAGCUUCCAAAUUCUCUUCAUUCCAAGAAGUUAAGAUUCAAGAAAUGGCUAAUCAAGUUCCUGUUGGUCACAUUCCACGUUCUUUAACAAUUCACGUAAAUGGAGAUUUAGUUAGAUCCUUAAAUCCUGGUGAUGUUGCUGAUAUUUCUGGUAUUUUCAUGCCAUCCCCAUAUACUGGAUUUAGAGCUUUGAAAGCUGGUUUAUUAACUGAAACUUAUUUAGAAUCCCAACACAUCCAUCAACAUAAAAAACAAUAUGAAAAUUUGGAAAUAACUCCUGAAAUUGAAAACAAGAUCAGAAAUUUGUUCAAUGAAGGUGAUAUCUAUAAUAAAUUAGCCAAAUCCAUUGCACCUGAAAUCUUUGGUCAUUUGGAUGUCAAGAAAAUUUUAUUGUUAUUAUUAUGUGGGGGUGUUUCUAAAGAAAUUGGAGAUGGUUUAAAAAUCAGAGGUGAUAUCAAUGUUUGUCUUAUGGGUGAUCCAGGGGUAGCUAAAUCACAAUUGUUGAAAGCCAUUGGAAAGAUUGCUCCUCGUUCUAUUUAUACUACUGGUAGAGGUUCAUCAGGGGUAGGUUUAACAGCUGCUGUCAUGAGAGAUACAAUCACUGAUGAAAUGGUUUUGGAAGGAGGUGCCCUUGUAUUAGCUGAUAAUGGUAUCUGUUGUAUUGAUGAAUUCGAUAAGAUGGAUGAAAGUGAUAGAACUGCUAUUCAUGAAGUUAUGGAACAACAAACCAUUUCUAUCUCCAAAGCUGGUAUCAAUACCACUUUAAAUGCCAGAACCUCAAUUUUAGCAGCUGCCAAUCCUUUAUAUGGUAGAUAUAAUCCAAGAUUAUCGCCACACGAAAAUAUCAAUUUACCUGCAGCUUUAUUAUCAAGAUUUGAUAUCAUGUACUUAAUGUUAGAUCAACCAUCAAGAGAAUCAGAUGAAAAAUUAGCUAGUCAUGUUACUUAUGUUCAUAUGCACAACAAGCAACCAGAAAUUUCAUUCGACCCAUUAGAUGCUUCAGUGAUCAGACAAUAUAUCUCAAUUGCCAGAACUUAUAGACCAGUGGUACCAAAAGAAGUGGGUGAUUAUGUCGUUCAAAGUUAUAUCAACUUAAGAAAAGAAUCUCAUAGAAAUGAAGGAUCCAUUAAGAAAUUCCAACAUAUCACUCCAAGAACUUUAUUGGGUAUAUUAAGAUUAUCACAAGCUUUAGCCAGAAUCAGAUUUGACAAUGUUGUCAUCAAUGAAGAUGUGGAUGAAGCUUUAAGAUUGAUUGAAGUUUCUAAAGCUUCCUUAAACACUGAAGAAGAAAAAUUAAGAGAAGAUGAUAGUGCCACCACUAAAAUCUAUCAAAUCAUCAAAACUAUGGCUACUAGUGAAGGUCAAAUUAAUAAGAUCUUAAUCAUGAAUGAUUUACGUCAAAGAAUCAUUGCCAAAGGUUAUACUGUUGAACAAUUCAUGGACUGUAUUUAUGAAUAUCAACACAUCAAUGUCUGGCAAUUAAUAGAUGAUGGUGACAAACUUAUGUUUAUUGAUGACGGUGAUGAAGAUGCUGAAAUGGAAUUAUAA